AUGGACAUACCGUUUCCAACAACUCCAAUACCAUCACAGUCGCCUCACACAGGGGAGAAGACACCUGUCCUUCCCUGUGACGAAGAAUCAUCCUUCGCUUCUGUAGAUGAUGUAUUCUUCUUUUGCGAGCAACAGCAGACUGUAAAUCAGGAAACUAAGAGUUGCCCAGAGUCCUUCAAGAAAACGCGUUCCAAAGAUGAAAAUCCAAAUGCCGAAAGUUAUUCGAAAAAAUCCAGUGUGAAAACGGAGAGUAAGAACUCUAAACGAAAUGAUUCUUCAAUAAAGGAUAAAGGGCAGAGCAAAAUUGCCGCUGCCGAGAAAAUGACCGAUUAUCAGGAUUAUCAAUAUUACAAUAAUACAGGAAAGGUUAUCAAGAAACAUACUUAUUUACCGAAAAAUUUGAAAAAUCCAUUUGCUCAAAGUCAGAAAAACAUUGUCAGAAGCUUCAAGAAUUCGUUCGGCGAAAAUCAUAAAAAAUCAGACAACCAAAGAACUCAUACAACUUUGAUCGAUAUACUAGUGGAAGACUGCCGACAAUGCGCGAUCGGAGAAAAGUCGGUCGCAUCGUUUUCCAGUGCUUCUAGUGAUGUUAAAAAAGACAUUACUGAUUGUAGAGGAAGUACUCUUACUCAGCCCAUAGCGGAGAAAAAGUCUCCUGGAUCUCGAUUCAAGUACAAUUGCAUAGAGUCCGCGUUGGACUCGAAUAGCACUAAUAAUAAAGAUAGCGGGCAACGUUAUUACAAUAAAAUUUCAAUCGUGGACAACAUUACGAAAUUUAAAAGGCCCGACGCAGCACAUACCAAGCCUACAGAACUCACAAAGAAAUUUCCCUGGGGUUGUACGUGUACCAAGAUCAGGAGAAAGGGUCUUGAGAAAUGCAAGGAACAGGAGAAGAGCGAUUCUACCGAGAGUUUUGAUUGCUAUAACGAUGCCAAGCAAUUGAAAAAGAAGAAACUUAUUUGCAGCCCGCUGAAAAAACUCGGCCGAUCGUCGUUGACCGUGGGCUCGGACAAAAUUACGAUAAAUUUGCCAAAAUAUUCCCCUUGCGCGAGCAGAUUAGCCGCAAGCUCAAAAAUUUUGUCAUCCGAUCUAACAGCAGAUCCAGAUAGUCCGCUUCAUGUUCCACGCUCGAGAAGUCCAUCUCAUAUCGAUGUACAAGCCGAAGACAACUCUUCGAAGCCUUUGGAAAGAACGUCUAUCCAAGCCAGUUUAUCUCUCAACAUACAACAACUUCAGAAAACCCGUUAUACGCCGCGUAGUAGAAGUGUGGGUGACAGUUGCGUAACAUCGCCGACAAGUGAAGCGACUACUGUCAGCUAUUCACCUACCAAUACGGAGAUAUUAUCUCUGGAAGAAGUCGGACCGCAUACAUCAUCGGCCGAAGGUUCGGGUAGUAGCUAUUCGGAAGUCAAGGACAAACUGGACGCUGAAUAUCCCGAUAAAGUUAGGAGAGCGACUUUGGAAACCAAGUGUUAAUGAAACGUGUACCACGCACGUUUCGCUAUUCUCUCUCUCUUCUUCCACAUGUAUAUGUAUAUACAUAUUUUACGGAAAGGGAUCACAGUUCCGUAUGCGCGCAUUAACCCGCUUUGGGCUGUAAUCGUGUUAGUGAGAAACUGUAUACACAAGAGCGAACACACACAUACAUACACAACAGACAUAUAUUUAUAAGAUUUACUAUAUUUCUAGAAAUGCAAGAAUAUAUACAUACUUGUGCAUAUUCUUAUCUAUAUAUAUACACUCGAAUGCACGUGUGUUACGAACGCGCGUGAAUAUUAUGAGCUGUUUUUGCAGAAUAGGCUAACUAUGUUGUUACGACACGCAAAAUAUGUCGAGUAUUACUAUUAUUUUUUAUUAUUAUUCUCCUUAAGAAUAGAAUCAUCUGGCGGUCCGCGUGUGUGUCGAAAUAUUUCUUUGCUUUAAGAACUGCGACAAGUAUUGAUAGCAUACACAGAAGAGAUAUCUCGCUGAACAUCCACAUUUUCUUAAUUUAUUCGAAAGUUGAUGUUAUUACAUCUUUUUUAUUUAGUUAAUGUCUUUUCUUUCCCUUCUUUCUAUCUCUCUUUUUCUCUUUUUUCCCUUUCUUUUUUAAAGACUGUAGUAUUUAUCGAUCAGCAUAGUCGUUAACUGCAUUUUUUAUAUCUUUUUUUUACUUUUUUUUUCUUUAGGUUUAGUUGAGGCAAUAGAAUCUUUAUUUUGUAUAGCGAGCAUAAUGCAUAAAAAUAUGAUUAAUUCGAUAAAAUCUGGUUCAGCGAGGAUCUUCAUACGGAUCUUUUUCAAGUUGGAUGUCUUUGAAAGUGAUUGUUAUUAUGAAAUCCAGUGUAAUAAGAGUUAUAACAGUAAUGAGGGCAUUUUUUUAUAUCCACGUGUUGAAGAUCCGUGAGGAGAAUUGGAAAUUUUCUGAGUUAGUAAGGAUUUUAGCAUGCAGUGAUACGGCUGGAAUUAGCAAACGGAGAUCGUAUGCAGUGUGUCCCGCAAGAACAUUGAAUGUCGGGAGCUGAACAGGAUAAAUCUAGUAAGCAACAAUAAGAAUGCAAAUAGCUAGAGACAAUAUUACUGCCAAACUUGACUAUGAAUUAAUUAAUGUCUAAGAAAGCGAUGAAUAUGAAAAAGCCCAGAACAGCCAAGUUUGUCAAAGACAGGUUUCGCAAAGUGUUUGCUAUAAAUUUUGCCAGCAGGAAGACAGCAAAUAUAGAAUUUGUCGUACGCAAUACUGUCGGCAGGAAUGCUGGCAGAAAUAUAGCAAAGCUUGUCGAUAAAAUAUUAACGGCGAAUUGACGGUAAAAAUCGAGCAGAAUUGAAACACCGCUAUUUCACGUAGAUUGACAGUAAUUCAAAAUCUGCCUUCACGAAUUCUAUUCAGGUUUCUACCGUCAGUUAUCAUGCCAUCGUGUUACGCUUGCGAGUUCCACCAGCAGAACACAAGUUUAACGCAAACGCAAUUGAUGCCAAUCCGCUGCAGUUUCUACUCGAAUCUGCUGCCAAUCUGUCGACAGACUGCUGAUAGUUUGCUUACUGGGAACCUCGUCUCUAUAGAUACGUUUCUCGUUAGUAUUUUUAUAUCUCGCGAUAUAAUAAUGUGUAAAUACAAUAUAGUUAAACAACUUUCUUUAUCAUCACGUAUGCGACAGUACGAUACGAGACAGUUACGUGGAAUGCCAAUGGGGAUAACAUACCGCGAAACUUGUACUUUUUUCCUACUUCUCUACGGCAUUCUAUGGAUUGUUGAUACUUUUUACCGGGGUCAAAAUUGUUUAUCGGAUAUCGCGACGUCAGUGUUUGCGAAGUAGAAAUUUUAAGACAAGUUAAAAUAUCGAUUUUAUCUACCAAGAUAAGAGAAGAGUGAUACACCGAUAACGCGGUGAAUCGGUUUUUACCGUUUAGACUAUUUAUGUCACAAUGCCCUCGCAACUUGUUGGGAAUGUUGCAAGCGGAGGAAAUAACAAAAUGCGACAAACAUAUAAAGGAGAAAAGAAAAUAACGCAAAUUAGUAAUGCAAGAUUAAAACAAGCUAUGCUUUGCAUUUUGAUGAUACUUUUGCGAUAAAUUUUCGCUCACUGUACAUGACGAUUCAAGUAUCCAUAGUAGAUUUAAUGAUGGGGACAUUCAAGCAAGAGUAGAUUUAAUUUUUUUAAAUAUUUGGUAACCAACUUUAUACACUACCAAAUAUUGAAUACAAGAUAAAUACUAAACGCAAUAUAAAUCUAUUAAAAAUUAUUUCAGAGCAUCUCUGAAUUGAGUCGUUAAUGAAUGUUGUUAUUUUAAAUAGUUUCUGUGAAUGUGGAAUUGAUUUUUUUGGCAAAAAUAAUGUUAGCGAUAUUAAUAUAUUUUCUCAAUAUUUAAUAUUAACUCUACGUUCUACAUUGAAAUAGUCUCAAGUCCCUAGAGAAUUAAUUGUGUGAGCUUAAGGGAUUAAAAUCUUUAUUAAUUUUCAGCA